UUUUUUGUUCAAAACAGUUUGGCAACUCCGUGCGACGCCAUUUCAAAACAAACGCGCGGCAACGAGCAUUUUUCACCCCAAAAUAGUCUGUGAAAAGUCGCUAGAUAAAGCGGAAAACAAUUAAAAAUGGGAGCCAAGGCAUCGAAAAUAGAGGGCGAGUACCUGCCAGAUACACCGACACUCAGGAAAUUGCGCCUGGCCAGCCAGAGGCCCGAGAAUGUGGAAAUGACCACCCCUAUUCGUGAGCAGAACAACGCUCUGCUAGAUCCCCGCUCUCCGAACGGAUGUCGCACGCCUUUGAACUUUUUGCAGCCCGAGCCGCAGAUGCCGUUUGAGUCUGAAAUGGUGCAGCAGGCCACCAGCGAAAAUCCCUUCUCGCAGCUGCGCAAGCGCUUGCUGAAGGGCUUCUCCCUUAGCGAUCCUCGCUCGCCGCAGUUGAAUCGCACACCCCUUGUCCUGGAUGAGGUGCGUUCAUUAAACCUGGACGACACCUUCGCUGACCUCUUUGUGGACACUAGAGCACCGACAACUCGCGCGGAAAUCGCUACGCCUCCACAAGUAUAUGCGCCACCUCAAGCGGAUGAGAGCUGUGACAGCUUUGGUACGCCGCCGAGCACCCACAAUAACAGCUCUUUGGAGAUCGUCUCACUGACGUACGACGAAGAGGAGACCAUGCCUUGCGACGCUCAGCUGCAGCAGACACCUCCUCCGCCGCCGCCGUCAUCGCAGGUGCACUUUGAUCCACGUUCUCCCAGCGUAGGCGUUGAUCGUACGCCUAUAAUGUUCUGCGACGACGAGGACGAAGAGGCGCGGGAGGCUCAGAUGCUGGAACAAAUCCUAGAGACACUUACACUCAAUUUAAGUGCUGGCGGCAGCAGCAUGGCCUCGUUUGCAGACUCUGCGGCAGAGUCUAGUGUAGAUCCUUCGACAGCGAUGCCGGCCAACAAGCAUUUGGAGCGCGUCCGGUUGGGCCACAAGCGACGGGUGCCACCACGUAAGCCGGCAAGGGCCAGCAAGCCCAAGAUCUACGUCGACCAGGAGGAAGAGUCUCCGUCAAGGGGCGGUGUUCGCACACCGACUUCAAAUACAACGCCGCUAAACACCCAAAAGCGAACACCACUCAGCUGUGUCAAGAAUCGGGCUCACCUUCGUUCUCGUUCGACGGAAAAGGAACUGCAGAAGACGCCGUUGCCGCUGCAUAGCCUCGACGAUCAGCUGAAUUUGGCGGAACGCUGCAACUAUUAGCGGCCAUUUACUAACCUAAUUUAGUAGCUCCAAAUGCCUUUCUAGCCCACCUAUACAUAUAGCAUACCAAAUCAUUCAUUCAUUUUCACAUUAUUCAUUCUUACAUUUUAUAUGUUAAAUACAACAUUUUAUUCGUAAAUGGA